GUAAAGGGAGCGGCUCUCCCAGGGCCAGAUUCUGGUUGGAUGUCCCUGGAGCCUGGGGUGGGGGUCGUGGGAUGUGGGAAGGGACCUUUGGACAGGGCCGCACUGGGCUGUGGCUAAAGCACAAGCCUCAGGGUAGACAGGAAUGGAGCUCCUCAGGCACAGCUGGCACACUGUUGCUGCCCUGCCUCCUGCCAGUCUGGAGUGUCGCACUGGGCCUGUUGUGAGGGUCAGGCCUGGAGUCUGGGGGUCUCAGCAGGAUGGCCUGCAGGGGGAAAGGCCUGUGGGGAGGUGGCCCUGGUGGUGGAUAGUGAGGAGGAGGUCCCGGUGCCAUCUGUGUCUGGAUUCACGACCUGAGAGAUGAUUGCCUCAAGGAGCCUUGCUGAGGUAGGACAUGGGAUUUCUUUGGGAGCCAGCCUCUGUGCCCCAUCCUUCCUCAGCCCAUUCCCACCUUCAUUGCAGGGCCCUGGAGGCCCACUACCCCUCUUAUCCUGGGCCAGUCAGGAGCCUCAGGCUCUAAGCUUGCAAGGCAGUUUGGGCCAGGCAGAAUUGGGGUGGGAGGGGAGCAGCCAACCCACCAGCUUCUCUGCUUCUCUGGCAUCCCUCGGUGCCAGUGGAGUGGGGAUCCUGGCCUGGAGGACCCAUCACCCUCAGGAAGGCUGUGGGGGGAUGAGAGGAGCCACCAAAGGUAGGGUCUCCCCAUUCACAUCCCCCCAGCCAGAUCUCAAAGACCAACCCAUGGCCUCUCAGCUGGUAGGUGCGGGGAGGGGGGCCUGCUGAGCAGGAGGAGGGGGCAGGUGAUAAGGCUGCCCCCAACCAGGCCUUUACCAAAGGCCUGUACAAAUGGCCACCUGCCUGUCUCUGUCUCAGUUAUGUCAUCCCUAAAUGGGGACUGACUUACCAGAGGCAGGGUCCACCAUGUUCAGGCCUGGCAUGCAUAGGGCUCACCACCUGGGCUGUUUUCCCCAGGCCCCACAGCCCAACAUGUAACAGCUGACCCCACCCUGGAUCCGGGUAGACAGAACCAAGUCGGGGGAGGUCUGCAGUAUAGUGACUGGGCAGAGGGCCCUGUGGGCAGCAGACCUGGGAUUGGAUCCUAACACCGGUGUAAGGGACCCUAGACAAAUUCUCUAACCCCUUUGAGCCUCCCUGGCACCAGUAACAGGAUAAUAAAAGUAAUUACCUUUCAUUCAUCCCACAAUCUGAAUUGUGCAUCUGUGUGUGAACCAGCCAGACACGAGAGUCCCUGCUUUCCCAUAGCUGACAUUCCAGCAAGAGAGAAAAUAAACUAAAACCACUGUCAGCUGGUGGCCAGAGCUACAAGGUGAAGGCUGGAGACCUUUGACCUGAGACUGAUCUGUGGCUGCUGAUAUGCAGGAGGAAAUCCUGGCGGGUUCCUGUGGGGGUGAGCUGACGGGCCUCCCAGCGGCUUUUAAAGCGCCUGCCCGCCCCCGUCCUGCCUGCCUGCACUGCGCCUGCCUCUUGGAGCUUGUUCCCCAGCCGGCUGUCCUGACUGUCCUGGACAGUGUACCCGCCAGUCACCACCGGCCAUGGUGGGGCCUCGGGGCUGCCUCCUGCUCUGCCUCCUGGCCCUCUGCCUAGCAGGUUCCAGCUUCAUCACGGGGCAGAAGGUGCAGUCCAGGCACUGCGAUGUGAAGACCAAGUUUGUCACGCAUGUACCCUGCACCCCAUGCUCCGCCAUCAAGAAGAGGACGUGCCCCUUAGGCUGGCUUCGGGAGUCCCCAGAGAAGAUACCACAGGACUGCCGAUACGAGGUGCAGCUGGGAGAUUCUUUGGUGUCCAUGAGCGGCUGCAGCCUGGAGUGCUGGCAGGACGUGGUGCAGAAGGCCUGCUGCCCUGGCUACUGGGGGUCCCAGUGCUAUGAGUGCCCCGGGGGUGCUGACACCCCAUGCAACGGCCAUGGGACGUGUCUGGAUGGCAUAGACAGGAAUGGGACCUGCGUGUGCCAGGAAAACUUCAGUGGCUCAGCCUGCCAGGAGUGCAGAGACCCCAACCGUUUCGGGCCUGACUGUCAGUCAGUAUGCAGCUGUGUGCAUGGCAUGUGCCGCCAUGGGCCGCUCGGGGAUGGAAGCUGCCUGUGCUUUGCCGGAUACGCUGGACCCCGAUGUGACCAAGAACUGCCUAUCUGCCAGGCCCUGAACUGUCCCCAGAACUCCCAGUGUUCUGCAGAGGCCCCCACCUGCAGCUGCCUGCCUGGCUACACCCAGCAGGGCAGCGAAUGCCGAGCCCCCGACCCCUGCCAGCCAUCGCCCUGCUCCCCACUGGCCCAGUGUUCAGUGAGCCCCCGGGGACAGGCACAGUGUCACUGCCCCGAGAACUACCAUGGCGAUGGGACAGUGUGUCUGCCCCAGGACCCGUGCACCACCAACAAUGGUGGCUGCCCUGGCAACUCCACCUUAUGUCUGUACAAGAGGCCAGGCCAGGCCUCUUGCUCAUGUAAGCCAGGCCUGGUCAGCAUCAACCACAAUCCCUCUGCGGGCUGCUUCGCCUACUGCUACCCUUACUCCUGUGACCGGUCAGCCACCUGCCAGGUGACCCCUGAUGGAAGGACCAGCUGUGUGUGCAAGGAGGGCCAGGUGGGAGAUGGGCGUGCCUGCUACGGACACCUGCUCCACGAGAUGCAGAAGGCCAGCCAGAUGGGCUUAACGUUCACGAGGCUGAGAGUCACCCUCGCCAUGAUGGACCAGGGCUGCCGGGACAUCCUCACCACGUCGGGCCCAUUCACUGUGCUGGUGGCAUCUGGCAUCUCCAGGACCAUGAAUGCAUCCGUUGCCCAGCAACUCUGCAGACAGUACAUCAUCGCAGGGCAGCACAUGCUAGAGGAGUCAGGAACCCAGCCUACACGCAGGUGGUGGACACUGGCUGGGCAGGAGAUCACCGUCACUUUCAAUAUCUUCAGGCAGAAAUACACCUACAAGUACAAAGAUCAGCCCCAACAGACAUUCACUGUCCAUAAGGCCAACUACCCAGCAGCCAAUGGCGUCUUCCACAUGGUCAGUGCCCUGCAGGGGAGGCCUCCAUUAGAGCUCCCUGGGGACCCCAAGAGGACCAUUGGCCAGAUCCUUGCUUCCACUGAAGUCUUCACCCGGUUUGAAACCAUUCUGGAGAACUGUGGGCUGCCCUCCUUCUUGGACGGGCCUGGGCCCUUCACGGUCUUUGCCCCCAGCAACGAGGCAGUGGAUAGUUUGCGUGAUGGCCGCCUCAUCUACCUUUUCACAAUGGGUCUCUCCAAACUGCAGGAGCUGGUGAGGUACCACAUCCACAGCCACAGCCAGUUGACCAUUGAGAAGCUCAUCUCCAAGGGUCGGGUACUCACCAUGGCAAACCAGGUCCUGGCUGUGAAUAUCUCCGAGGAGGGCCGCAUCCUGCUGGGACCUGAUGGUGUCCCGCUGCGGAGAGUGGAUAUACAGGCUGCCAAUGGUGUGAUCCACAUGCUGGAGGGCAUCUUGCUGCCCCCAACCAUCCUGCCCAUCCUGCCCAAGCUUUGCAAUGAGGAGCAGCACAGGGUGGUGGUGGGCUCCUGUGUGGACUGCCAAGCCCUGAACAGCAGCAUGUGCCCUCCCAACAGUGUGAAGCUGGACAUGUCCCCUGAGGAAUGCAUCUACACCCAUGACCCUAUCGGGCUCAACGUCCUGAAGAAGGGCUGCGCCCACUACUGCAACCAGACCAUCCUGAAACCUGGCUGCUGCAAAGGGUUUUUCGGGCCUGACUGUGCACAGUGUCCUGGUGGCUUUUCCAACCCCUGCUACGGCAAAGGCAAUUGCAGCGAUGGAGUCCAGGGCAAUGGGGCCUGCCUCUGCUUCCCAGACUACAAGGGCAUCGCCUGUCACAUCUGCUCCAACCCAAACAAGCAUGGAGACCAGUGCCAAGAAGACUGCGGCUGUGUCCAUGGUCUAUGUGACAACCGUCCAGGCAGCAUGGGUGUGUGCCAGCGUGGCACAUGUGCCCCAGGCUUCAGCGGCCGCUUCUGCAACGAGUCCAUGGGGAGUUGUGGGCCCACAGAACAGUCCCAGCCGUGCCACCUGCACGCCCGCUGCGUUAACCGGGGGGGUGUGGCCAGGUGUCUCUGUCUCGAUGGCUUUGAGGGUGACGGCUUCUCCUGCACACCCAGCAACCCCUGCUCCCGCCCAGACCGUGGCGGAUGCUCAGAGAACGCUGACUGUGUCCCCGGGGCCCCGGGCACUAACCACUGCACGUGCCACAAAGGCUGGAGUGGGGACGGCCGUGUCUGUGUGGCCAUUGACGAGUGCGAGCUGGAUGCACGAGGCGGCUGCCAUGCUGAUGCUCUCUGCAGCUACGUGGGGCCCGGGCAGAGCCGGUGCACCUGCAAGCUGGGAUUCGCAGGGGAUGGCUAUGUGUGCAGCCCCAUUGACCCCUGCCGGGCAGGCAACGGUGGCUGCCAUGAUCUGGCCACCUGCCGGGCAGUUGGGGGAGGUCAGCGGGUCUGCACGUGCCCUCCUGGCUAUGGGGGUGAUGGCUUCAGCUGCUACGGAGACAUCUUUCAGGAGCUGGAGGCAAAUGCCCACUUCUCUGUCUUCUACCAGUGGAUCAAGGGUGCCGGCAUCACUCUUCCUGCUGACAGCCGAGUCACAGCCCUGGUGCCCUCAGAGUCUGCCAUCCGUAGGCUGAGCCCUGAGGACCAGGCCUUCUGGCUGCAGCCAAGGAUGCUGCCACAACUGGUCAGGGCCCAUUUUCUCCAGGGUGCCCUCUCCGAGGAGGAGCUGGCCAGGCUGGAUGGGCAGAGUGUGGCCACCCUGAGCCCCACCACGCGCUGGGAGAUUCACAAUAUCAGUGGGAGGGUCUGGGUGCAGAAUGCCAGUGUGGACGUGGCUGACCUCCUUGCCACCAAUGGUGUCCUACACAUUCUCAGCCAGGUCUUACUGCCUUCGAGAGGGGAUGUGCUCAGUGGGCAGGGGUUGCUGCAGCAGCUGGACUCAGUGCCUGCCUUCCAUCUCUUCCGGGAGCUGCUGCAGCGCCACAAGCUGGUGCCCCAGAUUGAGGCCGCCACUGCCUACACCAUCUUCGUGCCAACAAACCGCUCUCUGGAGGCCCAGGCCAACAGCAGCAGCCUGGACGUGGAUGUAGUGCGACACCACGUGAUCCUGGGGGAGGCGCUCUCCAUGGAAGCUCUGCGGAGGGGAGGACAUCGCAACUCCCUCCUGGGCCCUGCCCACUGGCUUGUCUUCUACAACCAUAGUGGCCAGCCCGAGGUGAACCACGUGCCACUGGAAGGCCCUGUGCUGGGGGCCCCUGGCCGCUCUCUAUUCGGACUUUCAGGGGUCCUGACGGUGGGCUCCAGCCGCUGCCUGCAUAGCCAUGCAGAGGCCCUGCGGGAGAAAUGUGUCAACUGCAGCCGGAAAUUCCGCUGCACUCAGGGCUACCAGCUAGAGGACACCCCCAAGAAGAGCUGUGUCUACCGAUCUGGUUACUCUUUCUCCCGGGGUUGUUCUUACACGUGUGCCAAGAAGAUCCAGGUGCCUGACUGCUGCCCUGGCUUCUUUGGCACACUCUGUGAGCCGUGCCCAGGGGGGCUGGGCGGUGUGUGCUCAGGCCACGGGCAGUGCCAGGACAGGCUCCUGGGCAGUGGGGAGUGCCGCUGCCACGAGGGCUUCCACGGAACGGCUUGUGAGAUGUGUGAGCUGGGCCGCUAUGGGGCCAACUGCACUGGAGUGUGUGACUGUGCCCAUGGGCUGUGUCUGGAGGGGCUUCGAGGAGACGGUAGCUGUGUCUGCAACGCGGGUUGGCACGGCCUCCGCUGUGACCAGAAAAUCACUGGUCCUCAGUGCCCACAGAAGUGUGACCCCAACGCCAACUGCAUCCGGGACUCAGCUGCAGCCCCUGCCUGUGUCUGUGCCGCGGGGUACUCAGGCAACGGCAUCUCCUGUUCAGAGGUGGACCCCUGUGCCCAUGACCGCGGGGGCUGCUCCCCCCACGCCAACUGUACCAAGGUGGCUCCUGGUCAGCGGACAUGCACGUGCUUGGAUGGCUACACAGGCGACGGGGAGCUGUGCCAGGAAGUUAAUGGCUGUCUCAUCCACCACGGGGGCUGCCACACGCACGCUGACUGUAUCCCCACAGGCCCCCAGCAGGUCUCCUGCAGCUGCCGUGAGGGUUACAGUGGGGACGGCAUCCGGACCUGUGAGCUCCUGGACCCCUGCUCCCAGAACAACGGAGGCUGCAGCCCCUACGCCGUGUGCAAAAGCACAGGGGACGGCCAGAGGACGUGCACCUGCAGUGCAGCCCACACCGUGGGUGAUGGCUUCACCUGCCGUGCCCGAGUCGGCCUGGAGCUCCUUCGGGACAAGCAUGCCUCAUUCUUCAGCCUCCACCUACUGGAAUACAAGGAGCUCAAGGGGGAAGGGCCUUUCACAAUCUUCGUGCCUCAUGCAGAUUUAAUGGCCAACCUGUCACAGGAUGAGCUGGCUCGGAUUCGCGCAAAUCGCCAACUGGUGUUCCGAUACCACGUGGUCGGUUGCCGGCAGUUGCGGAGCCAAGAGCUGCUGGAGGCGGGUUAUGCCACCACACUCUCCGGGCACCCCCUGCGCUUCAACGAGAGGGAGGGCAGCGUUUACAUCAAUGACUUCGCGCGCGUGGUGAGCAGUGACCACGAGGCAGUGAACGGUGUCCUGCACUUCCUCGACCGCAUCCUGCUGCCACCUGAAGCCCUGCACUGGGAGCCUGACAUGGCUCCCACCCCACGGAGAAACAUCACCGCUGCUGCCGAGAGCUUCGGUUACAAGAUCUUCAGCGGCCUUGUUACGAUGGCUGGCCUCCUGCCCCUGCUUCGAGAUUCAUCCCAUAGGCCUCUCACAAUGCUAUGGCCCACAGACUCCGCCCUGCGAGCCUUGCCUCCUGAUCGCCAGGUCUGGCUGUACCAUGAGGACCACCGUGACAAGCUGGCAGCCAUUCUGCGGGGCCACGUGAUCCGCAACAUCGAGGCCUUGGCAUCUGACCUGCCCAACCUGGGCCCACUGCGCACCAUGCAUGGGACCCCCAUCUCCUUCUCUUGCAGCCGUGCCCGGCCGGGUGAGCUCACCGUGGGAGAGGAAGACGCCCGAAUUGUUCAGCGGCACCUGCCCUUUGAGGGUGGCCUGGCCUAUGGCAUUGACCAGCUGUUGGAGCCACCUGGUCUUGGUGCCCGCUGUGACCGCUUUGAGACUCGGCCUUUGUGGCUGAAAAUUUGCAGCAUUUGUGGGCUGGAACCACCCUGUCCUGAGGGCUCACAGGAGCAGGGCAGCCCCGAGGCCUGCUGGCGCUAUUUCUCAAAGUUCUGGACGUCUCCUCCGCUGCACUCCUUGGCACUGCGUAGUGUUUGGGCCCGGCCCAGCCACUGGGGUCAGCCCCAAGGCCUGGGCAGGGGAUGCUACCGCAACUGUGUCACCACAACCUGGAAGCCCAGCUGCUGCCCUGGCCACUAUGGCAGCGAGUGCCGAGCUUGCCCUGGCGGUGCCAGCAGCCCCUGUAGUGACCAUGGCGUGUGCAUGGACGGCAUGAGUGGCACCGGGUAUUGUAGGUGCCGUCCAGGGUUUGCUGGGACAGCGUGUGAACUCUGCGCUCCGGGUGCCUUUGGGCCCCUUUGCCAAGCCUGCAGCUGUACCUCCCAUGGCCGCUGUGAUGAAGGCCUUGGGGGCUCUGGCUCCUGCUUCUGUGAUGAGCGCUGGACUGGGCCACGCUGUGAGGUGCAGCUGGAGCUGCAGCCCGUGUGUGCCCCACCCUGCGCACCCCAGGCCGUGUGCCGCGUGGGCAACAGCUGUGAGUGCAGCCUGGGCUAUGAAGGGGACGGCUACACGUGUACAGUGGUGAACCUGUGCCAGGAUGGGCGUGGUGGCUGCAGUGAGCACGCCAACUGCAGCCAGGUAGGCACCAGAGUCGCCUGCACCUGCCUACCUGACUAUGAAGGUGACGGCUGGAGCUGCCGGGCCCGCAAUCCCUGUGAGGACGGCCACCGUGGAGGCUGCAGCGAGCAUGCAGACUGCCUGAACACAGGACCGAACACCCGACGCUGUGUGUGCCAUGCCGGCUAUGUGGGUGACGGACUGCACUGUCUGGAGGAGCCCGAGCCGCCUGUGGACCGCUGCCUGGACCAGCCCCCACCGUGUCAUGUGGAUGCCGUGUGCACGGACCUGCACUUCCAGGAGAAACGAGCUGGUGUCUUCCACCUCCAGGCCACCAGUGGCCCGUACAGCCUGAACUUCUCAGAGGCGGAGGCAGCUUGUAGGGCCCAAGGGGCUGACCUUGCUUCUCUCCCUCAGCUUUCUGCUGCCCAGCAGCUGGGCCUCCACCUCUGCCUUGUGGGCUGGCUGGCCAAUGGCUCGGCUGCCCACCCCGUCAUUUUCCCCGCGGCAGACUGCGGUGAUGGUCAGGUGGGCGUGGUCAGCCUGGGUGCCCGGAAGAACCUGUCAGAGCGCUGGGAUGCCUACUGCUACCGUGUGCAAGACGUGGCUUGCCGCUGUCGUGAUGGCUUUGUGGGGGAUGGAACCAGUGUGUGCAAUGGGAAGCUGCUUGAUGUACUGGCCACCACUGCCAACUUCUCCACCUUCUAUGGGAUGCUACUGGAAUACGCCAAUGCUACCCAGAGGGGUCUCGACUUUCUGGAUUUCCUGAAUGACGAGCUCACCUAUAAGACACUCUUUGUUCCUGUCAAUGAAGGCUUUGUGGACAAUAUGACGCUGAGUGGCCCAGACCUGGAGCUGCACGCCUCCAACACCACCUUCCUGAGCACCAAUGCCAGCCAGGGCACCUUGCUUCCUGCCCACUCGGGCCUCAGCCUCGUCAUCAGUAGUGUGGGCCCCGACAACAGUUCCUGGGCCCCUGUGGUCCCAGGAGCAGUUGCAGUUAGCCGUGUCAUCAUGUGGGACAUCGUGGCCUUCAAUGGCAUCAUCCAUGCUUUGGCCAGCCCCCUCCUGGCACCCCCACAGCCCCGGGCAGUGGUAGCACCUGAGGCCCCACCUGUGGCAGCAGGUGUGGGGGCUGUGGUAGCUGCUGGAGCACUCCUUGGCCUGGUGGCCGGAGCCCUCUACCUCCGCGCCAGAGGCAGGGCCACAGGCUUUGGCUUCUCUGCCUUCCAGGUGGAAGACGACGCUGCUGAUGACUUCUCCCCCUGGCAAAAAGGGACCAGCCCAACCCUGGUCUCUGUCCCUAACCCGGUCUUCGGUAGCCCAGAUGCCUUUUGUGAGCCCUUUGACGACUCGCUCCUGGAGGAGGACUGCCCCGACACCCAGAGGAUCCUCGCGGUCAAGUGAUGUGGCUGGGACUGAAGCAGAGGAACAAGCAGGAGAGAGAUGGCUUUUAUUGCCCAGAGUGGGCAGGACAGGAGGGACUGGGCCUGGUCCAGACAGACAAUAAAGGUGCCCUCAACGGAUGUGGGCCAUGUCACCAA